AUGAGUGUCCGUCGUAUUUUUGUUAUUGCUGUCAUCGGCUUGAUUGGAGUUUACGCUGAUGAUGUAAAAGAUGCAAAUAAAACAAUUGCGAAAAAUCCGGAAUGGAAGGAGACGGGAAUAUGUAGGAAGUGUGUUUGUAAGGACGAAAAAAUUGAUUGCUUCGACCAAAGUAUUUCCAAGUUCUUUACUAAGCAAGAGUGGACUGAUGUAUCCGAAUUCAAGCCAAAGACGAUAGACCUAAGUGAAAAUUCCUUCACAAACGUAACGGCGAUAGCCCAGCUCCCUGUACAAGUCUUAAACUUAUCGCGUUGUUCAAUUGAAUUUAUCGAAAACGCGAGUUUUAAGGAGUUACAAUCGAUGAGCGUUCUCGACUUGAGCCACAAUAAGCUAACUUCUGCUAAGCUUAGUCCUCAUGCGUUUGAGGGCCGUUAUUCUCCAGAAGAAUAUGAGCCUUUAGCGUCCAUGAGGAAGCUCAGCCUGGCGUACAACGACCUUCACAGCUUGAACCAGGAUCUGUUCGAGCAUUUGCCAGAGCUGACCGAAUUGGAUCUCAGUGGGAACCCAUUAACUACGAUUGACCACGUCACCGUUAUUGCUAUUUCCAGCUUGCCAAUGCUUAAGGUCCUCAGAAUGCGAUCCUGUCAACUCCCGGAUAUCCCGGACAAGUUUUUGCACACGCCACGUUAUUUGGAGCGCUUGGAUUUAAGUGAUAACAAACUUACUUCGGUUCCCGUUGAACUGGAGGAGACCAAGAACUUGCUGUAUCUGAACCUCAACCAGAAUCCCAUCAUCGAACUCGAUGUCAACAAUGAGGAUCGACCGGGAUUCCCCCGCCUUCGUAAGCUGCAAGAGCUCCACAUGUGCAACAUGCCGCAGUUGAAACGCAUCGGCGCGGGCGCACUAGCCGGACUCGAGAGCGUAGAGCGACUGCACAUGAGCUACAACCCCAAGUUGUCAUUUAUUGACCCAAAAGCUUUGGCCAGGGCGGACGACAUUGGAGAGACGUACGAUUGGCCGUUGGUUAAAGAAUUGUAUCUGCAGUCAAACAAUUUAUCAGAGAUAGAUAGACGUCUUCUAUCUCGUUGGGACUUCCUCCAGAAGGUGGAUGUGUCCUACAACCCUUAUCUCUGUGAUUGCACCACCCAGUGGAUGGUGGAUAUGCUGGUGCCUAUAGUGGAGAGGAAGACACCCAACUCUACUGAAAAUAUGGCAUGCCAAGAGCCCGUCGAGAUGCGAGGGUACACCAUGAAACAUCUUCACGACAUCCACCGUACCAUGAGGUGCGUUGACAAGUACGGUCACAGGCCCGAAAGAGAUGGCGCCAUACUUUUGGGGACUCUUAUUGGGGUGCUCCUCGCUGUCCCGAUCGUGUUCGGCCUGAUGAUGAUGUGGAGACACGGGUACUUCGCGUUCUGCGGUCUACGAGGCCCCGUCGAUGUAUCCAGGGCAUUCUACAAGCGCGCCCCGGCUGAUGACAACUAUAUAUAA